AAGACUCAAACCACAAUCCAAGAAGAAGGGUGUGUGUAGGUCAUUCGUGACACAGAAAUAUCCGAUCAGAAGUAUCGGACCAUGUGCCAUCCGAGCCGUGUGCUAAAGGUGAAGCGGCCGAGGAUCGUUGGUCACGAAACACUCGGUAAUCAGCUGUCGUUCGAGGCGUCUAUGUUUGGCAGGCCUGCAUGGACUGCUUCUCGCCGAAUCGCACUUGCUGAGCGACGCACAUAUAUAAGUGCGGGCCACACUCGCCCCUGGAUCACACGCAUCCUGCGAAAUCACACUCCAAUGACACUCUGGCGCGUGGCCGCCUUGCUCGGUGUGGCCAACCACAUUUUUUUCCGGCACUUCGAGCCAAAGACUGCCCACUACCCUCUUUUCGCGAUCCUGAUCCAGCCCGCGAUCAUCCUCUCCUUCGACACCCUCUCGGCAUCCGCAGUGCUGACCGCGUAUGCGACUUUCAUCGGGACUCUGGCGCUCUCCAUCGUCCUCUACCGGCUCUCGCCCUGGCACCCGCUCGCCGCGAUCCCCGGGCCGCUCCUCUACAAGAUCACCAAGCUCUGGGGCCUGCGCGAUGUCCUGCGGGGCGACAUGCACCGGGUGACGCGCGGCAUGCACCUCAAGUACGGGCCGGUCGUGCGUACGGGUCCGAACGAGGUGUCGUUUGCGCACACGGACGCGGUGAAAGUCGUCCUCGGGACGUUCCCCAAGGGCCAACAUUACGACACACGCGGGGAUCCGAACCUUCCCACAAAGUCGCUCAUCCUGCUGAGGGGCGAGGCCCACGCGAACCGCAGACGGAUUUGGAACCGCGGGCUGAAUUCAGCCGCGAUUGCGAGCUACGAGGUCACCAUGGGGAAGCGUGUCUCGCAGCUGCUGGAGCGGCUGGAAGAGGAGUCGCGGUCCGGGCAAUCCGUCAACUUCUCGAAGUGGAUGGGCUAUUUCACAUUCGACUUCAUGGGGGACAUGGCGUUCGGCGGAGGAUUCGAAAUGCUCCGAGAUGGCGGAGACAGGGAAGGGCUCUGGAAAAUUAUUGAAGACGGUUCUCGUCUCGCUGCCUAUCUCUCUCCGAUUCCCUGGAUCUUGCCCACCUUGCGCCUGUUUCCCGCUCUCGUCCAGAAUAUCACGACUCUCCGUGAAUUCGGAGUCACCUCGGCUGCUAAGCGCAUCAAAGCCGGCUCGGCUGUGAAAGAUCUGUGGUACCAUCUGACGGACGAAGCCGAGGUGGAGAAGACGCGCCCGACCAUCCCCGAAGUUGUCGCGGACGGUGUGCUGAGCAUCGUCGCAGGCUCUGACACGACUUCCACAACGAUGAACAACUUCAUCUGGCUCCUGUUGUCUCACCCGGCGGUCUACAAGCGCGUCCAAGAGGAGGUCGACAGCGUGUAUCCGCCCGGCGAUUCGGCCCUCGACAGCUCCAGAUACACCCAGCUGCCGUAUCUCACGGCAUGCAUAAACGAGACAUUCCGGUAUCUCCCGCCCGUCCCGACUGGGGGCGCCCGGAAAGUGCCCGUGGGCGGCGGAAAGGUCAUCGGCGGGCACUACAUCCCGCAGAACACGCAGAUCUUCGUCCCGCACUACACCCUCCACCGCUCCGCCGAGUACUUCAGCGACCCCGACUCGUUCCGGCCCGAGCGCUGGCUCAACCCCGGCGCCAUGGAGCGGCACGACACCCUCGCGUUCAUCCCGUUCUCGUUCGGCUCCGCGAACUGCGUCGGGCAGAAUCUCGCGCGCCGGGAGCUCAUCAUGGUCAGCGCGGCGCUCAUCCAGACGUUCGAUAUCAGCUUCGGCAAGGAUUUUGCGGCGGCUGGGGAGUGGAGCGAUCAUCUCCAUGAUAUCUUCAUUACGGCUGCAGAAAUACCGCUACAACUGCAGUUGACCAAGAGGUCGUAGUUUAUUCAAUUCAAUGGCCGCUCAGUUGCAUCGGACUGAUAAAAUCAUUUUGAAAUUUGUCGAAAU